UAUGCCCCUCAAGUAGAGGGGCAAUUUUGUCAGUCCAAAGCAACUUGUCUCUACCUCUUCCUAGGGUGCGCGAAAUUGGCCAUUUUGAAGCAGAUUAGGAUUAGGGCUCCUAAAAAUGUUUUGAAAUUCGUCUGGGCUUUCGAUUAAGUGCAAUAAGAGGGUGAGAAAAGAGUAGCAAAACUUCAAUCGAUUGUUAUUUCUGUAAAGAAGCAACGACGAUGGUGAGGAAGAGAGGUGAAGUCAAUGGAGGCUUCAAUAAUCCAGAUGCUGGCCCUCCACGAUUUCCUUAUGUUGAAGCAUUUGAUGAGGUUCUAGAUGAAUAUUUUGAUGAUAUUUUUAAUCAAGCUUCACAGAUUUCCUUUGAAGGUGGACAAGAAGUGGGUAAUGACAACGUGGGAACAAUUGAAGUGCCUGUGUAUGGACAUAAUAUUGGCAAUGAAGAUAGGAGAGAGGUACCUGUCAAUGUUGAUGAUGAAGAGGAUAGUGAAGAAGACUUUGAAGUUGAUGGUAGGAGGAGAGUAAAAGAUCUUCAAGACAGUGGUGAAGAAGAGAGGUGAAGUCAACGAGGUAGAAGAAGACAAGUUGCUUUGGAUUGACAAAAUUGCCCCUCCACAUGAGGGGGCACAUGGUAACUCCGUUAAAGAAAUUGACAGAAAUUUUAACAUGUCUUUGAAUUGCUACAAAUACGAAACUACAAUGUCAAAAGUGACGAAAUUAAAACUACAUGGUCAAAAGUGGUUGAAG